AAAAUAAAAAUAAAAUUUUGAUUCUGAUCAAAAGCAAAAUCUCCCUCCUUCUAUCAUUCCUCCUCCUUCUUACCCGAUUCUUGACUUCUGGAAUGAGAUUCUACUCCGAUUAAGCGCGAGAUGGCGUCUUUUCAGAUUGCAAGAUCUCCUUUCCUCGGAUUCUCCCGAAAAUCUAGCCUUUCCUGCUCCUCCCGUUUCAGUUUCUCGAAGAAGAGGAUUUUCCAGCUGCAGAAGCUGCGCCGGUAUUCCAAGCCCUUGGACGGCAGGAAUUCCCCAAUCUGCUGUCGGGUUCAAGAUGACGAAAAGGAACCCAGUAAUGGCGAAGAACCUCCUGAGUCAUUGUUCAUGAAGGAACUGAGGAAAAGGGGUAUUACUCCUACAUCUCUGCUUGAAGAUAGCAAUAGGAGCAGGUAUGGACUCGGUGAAAAGGAGAUUGAGUUGAAGGAAGAUAGUGCGGGCCUCUCAAAGAGAAACGUAGUUUCAACGGACUAUGAGAAGAGCCUAACUAACCAAAGGGAGCGUUCCAUGGCAUUGAACAGUGAAGGCCUUGAGGGUUUGAUUCCACGAGCAAAGUUGCUGCUUACGAUUGGAGGAACAUUCUUUCUGGGGUUCUGGCCUCUAAUCCUUGUAACAAUUGCAUUUUUUUCAGCACUAUACCUUUAUUUUGGUCCGAGUUUCGUCCAUGAUGCAAGCAAGAUUCCAACAGGACCACCACCAUACAUCAAUCCAUAUACGCUACUGGAGGACGAAAGGCUAUCACAAACAGCUCCACAUGUAAAAUGAACACCUGAAACAGUCCACAUACAUCAGAUCUCAAAGUGGUGAUGACAAUGGGUUUUGGUUAGCAACUCUCUACUGCAAUAUUCUUUUGCCCAUGUAAUUAUUUAGCAGCUGUAGACAAGUUCUAUUCCAUCCCAAGUGUAUGUUUAUAACGGAUUUUCACGUGUCUUCUCCAUGAUUAUGGCAGGAAUUUGUUUCAAAAUUUGUAUUA